AUGACGACGACAUCACCGACGAAUAAUCCGUUGACGACGCAACGGGGCGCCGCGCCUCUGACGACCGUCUUCACCACCCCUGACUUUUGCAAAAGCGGCUACUGGACGGACACCAUCACGCCGCCGCUCUCGAGUAUCGUGUGCAUGCCAACGUCGUGGAAACAGGUAUACGACUACCAAUGGGGCUUCUACUCGCCCGGCAUCUGCCCUAUGGGCUACACUGAGGGCUGCGCAUUCCCCACCGCCUCAGCCUAUUCAAAAGACGGCAUGGUCAGGCUUGGAGGUUCUGUGAUUCCGAACGAGACGCCAAGGAUAUGUUGCCCGACCGGGCACACAUGCUAUACCGGCACCGACUGGGCAUAUAGCAAGUGCCAAUCGACAAUUCCAACGAGGUCGUUCUACGAUAUUAACAACAAGCCUACUUCGGACCUGGCGACGGUGUAUGCAGUGCAAGUUAGGUGGCAAGCCUCGGAUUUGAGCAAUCUAGAGACGGAUCCGACUGUUCCGGGCGCGACGUACUCCGGGCCAAGGUCUACUGCAACAAAUAGUGGCGUCGCUUCCGCUUCGGCGUCGGCCACAGCGGCGGGGUCGGGAUCGGGGACAGCAGGUGCGGGAGCGACGACAUCUGUGGCAUCGACGGCAACACCAGAAGGUUCUACUGGCGGUGGCACCAGCGGAGGCGGCGGCAUCUCCGUCGGUACGACAAUAGCGAUUGCGGUGGGGUCCGUAGCUGGGACGUUGGCGCUGGCGUUGAUCGGUUUCGUGAUCUUCUGGCGACGCAGGAAGGGGAGAGAGAGGCGGAACAGCAACAGCGAUACCAAGUCAGACACUUCCCUCGCGCCUCCGGCAUUGGCAGCUCAUAAGGGAGGAUCCGGCAAGACGUCGCUGGAUCUGAUGUCCCCCGACACAGCAACAACUGCGAGCGCAACGCUAGUGACGCCACAUUCGCCCAAUCCCAACGCCACGCAUCUGGAUUCAACAACCCUGAUGGAGAUGGAGACCUUUGAGAGGCCUCAGGAACUACCGGAGGACAAUUAUGUGGUCGAGCUGGAGGGUGAUAUGCCGGGCCCGCCGCUAUAUCGUGAGAAGGAGGGGUGGCCCCUGAGGUCGUAG